AUGAGGUCCAGAGUAAACCUCAAGUCUGCAUCUCUUGAUAUCGACAUACUACAGGAGGCAGAAAGAUGCAUUGUGACUUAUGUACAAAGAAGUCACUUCCAAGAUGAGUUGGAUAUACUUCUCAAAGGUCUUCAUAAUAAGACUAGAAUGACUGUUAAGAAGACAAGCCGUGUCUAUAAACUUGAUCCAAUUCUGGUAGAUGGUCUUAUCAGAGUUGGUGGACGCCUGCAUCGUGCAGCACUGUCAGAUGAUGAGAAGCAUCCAAUUAUUAUACCUAAGGAUUCUCCUGUAGCAAAUCUAAUUUUGCAAGACGUACACAAAACUGUUGGGCACCUAGGAAGGAAUUCGAUGUUAGCUAAGCUAAGGCAACACUUUUGGAUCCUUUGUGCAAAUACAAUCAUUCGGAGAAUUAUCUCGAAAUGUGUUAUAUGCCGCAGAUAUCGAGCCAAAGCUGGUGAGCAAAAGAUGGCAAGUUUGCCUGUGGACCGUUUAACACCAGAUGAACCCCCUUUCACACGUAGUGGUGUGGAUUAUUUUGGACCUAUAUUAGUUAAACGUGCUCGGAGUGUUAUCAAGAGAUACGGUGUUGUUUUCACGUGCUUGGCAACCAGAGCUAUACACUUAGAAGUGGCUCAUUCGCUUACUACUGACUCAUGCAUUAAUGCAUUGCGCAGAUUCAUGGCACGAAGAGGUCAGGUCAAGAUUGUGCGGUCGGAUAAUGGAACAAAUUUGGUUGGAGCCAAUCAUGAGUUACGUGAUGAAAUAAAUAGGUGGAACCAUAGUAGAAUCUCUGGAACAUUACAACAAAGCAAUAUUAGAUGGGAGUUUAACCCUCCAGCUGGGUCCCAUUUCGGUGGAGUGUGGGAGCGACAAGUCAGAACGGUGCGGAAGGUUCUCUUUGGAUUGUUGAAAGAACAAGUCAUUCACUUGGAUGACGAGGGUCUUGCUACAUUGUUCUGUGAAGUGGAAAACAUUAUAAAUAGUCGGCCAAUAACACAGCUUUCAGAUGACCCGAAUGACUUAGAACCACUUACGCCAAAUCAUUUGCUACUUCUUCAGUCCAAUCAGAGUUUACCACCAGGAGUGUUCCAAAGUCAUGAUAAUUAUGUACGUCGUAGGUGGCGCCAGAUCCAAUAUCUCGCAGACAUGUUUUGGAAACGGUGGUUAAGAGAGUAUCUACCAAUGCUUCAAGAGCGCCAGAAGUGGUUAAAACCUCGGAGAAACCUGGCAGUAGAUGAUAUAGUUCUGGUAGUAGACAACUCAUCACCAAGGAACUCCUGGCCGAUGGGAAGAGUUAUUGAAGUUAUGAGGGACCGCAAUGACUUGGUCAGAGUAGCCAAAGUGAAAACAAGCUCAAAUGUCCUUGAACGUCCUAUUGACAAGUUGUGCAUAAUUUUGGAAGCUGAUGUUGUCUGUGGUGGUACUUGA